UGAUCAUCAUCAGAAGAAUGGAGAUGGCUUCUGACGCGCUUUACAAGGCGAAGAAGAUCAGAGGGUUCUGUCAUUUAUCUGUUGGUCAGGAGGCGAUUGCCGUUGGUAUCGAGAACGCCAUCACCAAGAAGGACACCGUCAUCACGUCUUACAGAUGUCACGGUUUCACCUACAUGCGUGGUUCGCCAGUGAAGGAUGUUCUGGGUGAACUUAUGGGCCGUCGUUGCGGUGUCUCCUUCGGUAAGGGUGGUUCCAUGCACAUGUACACCACUGGUUUCUACGGUGGUAACGGUAUUGUUGGUGCCCAAGUGCCACUAGGUGCCGGUUUGGCGUUUGCUCACAAGUACAGAAACGAGGACAAUGCCACCUUCACUUUGUACGGUGAUGGUGCUUCCAACCAAGGUCAAGUGUUUGAGUCCUUCAACAUGGCCAAGUUGUGGAACUUGCCAUGUAUCUUUGCCUGUGAAAACAACAAGUACGGUAUGGGUACCUCUGCUGCCAGAUCAUCUGCCAUGACCGAGUACUACAAGCGUGGACAAUACAUCCCAGGUUUGAAGGUGAACGGUAUGGAUGUGUUGGCUACUUACCAGGCAUCCAAGUUUGCCAAGGACUGGGCCAUCUCCGGUAACGGUCCUUUGGUGUUGGAAUACGAGACGUACAGAUACGGUGGUCACUCCAUGUCCGACCCAGGUACCACUUACAGAACCCGUGAGGAGAUUCAACACAUGAGAUCCAGAAACGACCCAAUUGCUGGCUUGAAACACCACUUGUUGGAGUUGGGUAUCGCCACCGAGGAGGAGAUCAAGUCCUACGACAAGGCUGCUAGAUCCUACGUCGAUGAACAAGUUGAGUUGGCUGAUGCUUCUCCAGCUCCAGAGGCUAAGAUGUCCAUCUUGUUCGAGGACGUUUACGUCCCAGGCUCCGAGGUGCCAGAGUUGAGAGGACGUAUCUCUGACGACACAUGGUCCUUCGUCAAGAACGACUUUGCUCAUAAGGUCUACUAGGUCUAAGAACUCACACACAAACGAAAGCUCAUCCUCUCGUUGGCUUUUAUGCACGGAAUAUGAAACAGAAUAACAUGUCUUAUUCUUUCUUGAAACAGAUUAUUAUAGAAUGAGAGUAUCA